AUGCCAGGGAAAGAGUUGUUUCCUAACAAGAAGGAUCCCCGAGGGUCUUUCAGAUAUGGCACCAAUCGCCAGGUGGAGCUAACACUCCGUCAUGAAUUAGAUGAUGUUGCCAAGAAAUCUGUGACAGAGAUCAUUUACAACAAACAACAAAAAAACAAAGAACCAUUAGAUGAAGAAGAAUAUACAUCAAGGCGACUCCAGCCAGAGUUUAUUCCAAAGAAGGUGAAGGAGAAGAGGAAAACUCAGCCAGUCUUUCAUGAUGAUAUUCCAGCAAAGGGUAUUAAAAAGGACCCCAAGUUCCAGUUGGUGCCUAAUGUACCUCCCUACAAUCCCCUGGACAAGGGAAACAAUGCCCAUAUUCCAGGGGACAAGACAAGGAAAUAUCCUUAUACCAAGGAUUCAACAGUCACUACGAAAGAGUUGAAGAAACCUCAUAUAUCCUCCGUGGGUGUCACACCAGCUAGACAAAGUGUGGAUGUGCCAGCUCUCAAGGUCAUCAUGCAAGGUCAAGCAGCUUCUGUUGAUAAGGACUCCAUGCUUGACCAGAUGGCGAUGGCGAAUGAGUUACGUCCAGGUUCACCUGGAUCUCCUGAACCCAUUGAAGAGGAGACUGCGAGAGAAGACGCUUUGAUUCUCUCAGAUCGUGACUGGUACAAAAAACCUGCUAUAAUCAGUUCUGAAGGGACAACCAGAGGAGUUCAGUUCAAGGAGAGACAAAGACAUGUCCCACACCCGUCAUCACUGAAGAAACCUCCUAAGAAACGAUUACAAACCCCAGCUCACAGUGCCACCAGUAUUCGGUCCUCCCUACAGAGUGAGAACAUCUCUCUACCUGAUGAUGGCGUUUAUAGUCAGUAUGAUGAUGUCAUCGCUGGCCUUGACCAGGACAUGGAAAAUGUACAGACCGCUAUGCAGGCCCAAGAGGAGGGGGAUGAUAGGGCUGUUAGUCGGGAUGCCAAGUCAUCUAAAGAUCUGCUGGAGGAAGCGCGAAGAAUAUCACGACCCGGGUCAGAGGCGCUUUACAAGUCAGGCAAGAAGAAGGAGUCACCAAGAAAGAAGGACGGCAAGAAAGAGAGCAAGAAAUCUGCCAAAGAAAAGGCAAAAGGAAAGGGUAAAGAGAAGGAAGAUGAAACAGAGGUCAAACCAAGGGUCGAGAGGACUGUAGAUGAAAUCAUCGCCUCUCUUCGUGCCCACUCAGGACAAAAAAAAAUGUCUGAGGCAGACAGGAGGAUACAGGAGCUUCUGGAAGGGGUUAUGGCUGGGGACAAACUUUACGAAGAUGAAGAAGGCCAGAAAGAGGACUCUCCAGACCCCAACAAGACAGAUACAGAAUCGGAGCUGGAUCCACAAAGUGUUUCACUAACCCCUCAACUACUAGAGGGCACUAGUGUGUCAUCCCCCUCGGGGGGAGAUACCACUGCCCGUACUAGUCCGUCCAUCAUGGAGGGAUCAAAAGAAGGAGGGCAACAUGACCAGAUACCAGAGGAGAAAGAGGAUGGAAAGACAGAAGGUGAAAUGGGUGGUGGUCCAGCGACCAAGGGUACAGCAGACGACAAGCAGGCUGAGGAUAAGCCACAGGUAGAUGUACAGAUUCCAUAUCCACCCACAGAGACAACUCGAGGGGUUAUGUUUGGUGAUGACAUUACAGCUGAAGGCAGACAACCAGAGUCAAUAGACAUUAAACAGAUUUAUGAUGAUCUAAUGGCCCCUCCAGAUGCCACAUAUGAAGACAUUGUUAGUGUAGCAGGACAAAGUUUUGACCUAGCAGGGAGACAACUCCGACAGCCAAAUAUUCCAAAAAACACGAUUCAGUCAUCCUCAGUAUCUUUUCUGUCUUCAUGGAAACCGAUGUCUCCUCGGAAAUACCCACCCCCUGAGCCUGAGGAAGCUCCCCCUCCUUCAAAGAACAUUCAUCAUUUUUGUACAGUAACAGCAGAUUAUCAGCUUCCCGAUGAGUUCAGAAAUGUUGGACGUAAAUAUCACACACCAAGCCGAUUUGAAGGCCAGCUGAAACAGCCAUACAGGUUUGGGAGUUCAGGCCCCAGCCAGGCAGAGACAAUAGAGGAGGAGACAGCUUCCCAAAUAUCAAAGGCUUCAGAUGAACGAGAUGCAGAGGAAGAGAGACUUGUGUCAGCUGCAAGACGUGUUUUGAUGGAAGCAGAUGAUGACAUGACAAUUUCGCGAGAGGAUUCCUUCAUGAUCUGGAAGAAACGUGCAGAGAAUGUGUUUGACCAGGAGGAAAUCACAGUAGAAGGGGCUCAGAUCACCCUGAAGUCAGAUGAAUCACGUUUGUACUGGAUGCCUGCUCCUCCUAAAUUAGAUGUUCCACCUGUCAAGGUGAAGGAAGUCCUGUUUCCGGAGUACCAACCUGCAGUUAUUUUAGGACAAGACAUUCGAGAGCGAUCUGCAACUCAGCAGGAGGAGUAUGAGGAAAGUGAGGAAGAAGAGGAAGAGGAUGAUGUCACAGAAGCAGGACAAGAACUGCAGGAGAGCUUCAGAGUUAUUCAUCACAAGAGUUUGUCAUGCCAAGAUCUAACCAAGCUUGAUUUAGCUAAGUCCAAGUACCAGGAGGAUGUAAAGGCUGGGAAAAUCUACCCAUAUGAAAAGAGAAAACUACUAAAGGGGGAGGCUCCAGCAGAUGAUGGAAAACCAGAGGAACUGAGCCGGGAAUCUACGCCCAUAGGUCCCCCUCCUCCACAGAGUGGAGUGAUGGAACCUGCAGAAGAAGAGUAUGAACCAGUGUUCCCCCUUCUAAGGCGGAGUCGAUCAGACCCGAUGUUGGUGGGCCUAGACGAUGAUACCUUAUUGGUUCCUCAGGAUUAUAACUCAGCAAUGGAGGAGAUAAAACGUCAAAAGAGAAACAUUCGUCAGAUGAAGUUAAAAACAAGACUUGAAGAAAUAGAGAGACUGGAGAACGAAAAACGCCUCUUGGAUGAAGAAACGAAGGAAGAUUCUAAGGAUGAUGUUGCUAUCAUUAUGAAACAGAAAGAAGAUUCAACGGUCAACGAAAGUGACCAGUCAAAUGUGGUAGAUGACCACAACACACUGGCUGAUGACCAUGGUCAGACUUUCAUGCAUGAUCGGAAACUGACCAGUGGUGAAAAAUUUAAAUUAUCUAUGGAUGAACCAACACCUGCAGAGCUCGCCUUGGCUGCUGGGCGGGCGUACGUCAUACUUCCCAAAAAGGGUAAGAAGAAGAAGAAGCGUGCUCCGAUCAACAUGGCUCGCCUUGAUGAUAUUGAGCGAUUUUUGAGAGCGCCACCAAAGCGUCUUGAACGGUCGAAUUCUUUUACCGAUAUAGUAAAACCUGUGGAGAGAGAACUACGAGUGCCAAGCAAGGUGAGAAGUCGAGUCCGCAGCAGUAUUCCAGAUUUACUGAAUUUUGAUGAGUACGGCAAGAAAAAGGGACUGAGAGCUGAUGACGAUGAACGGGAAUGGGUGCGGGCGAUCUGGAACCGCUGGUUUGAUGAGCUCUUCCCUCCAACCCCAUCAGAUUCCGAGGAUGAAGAGGAAAUGUCAGUGUCAGAAGAUCAAGUUAAGGAAGACAAGAUGGAUAAAAAACGGAAGGACUCUCUGACCAGUUCCUUAUCAGAUAUCAUAAGUGUCAUUGACCCUAUUGAGGAGUCGGAGGAGAAUCUCGAAUUACUCGAGAUAAUGUAUGAAGAGGUGGAGAAACUGGACAAGGAGAUCGCUGAGACAAAGCGACCAAUAGCUUUUGACCUCUGUAGAAGGGGUGCCCUCCUUAGGAAGCUUGGUAUGGUUAAGAAAGCAGAAGAAGAUCUGGACCAGGCCAUACGUCUGGAACCAAUGUUACUGGACGCCUACUGGCACAGACAUCUACUGUUCCUACUACAGGACAAGAAAAAGGAAGCUCUUGAUGAUCUUACAUUUAUCCUAAAACACAGCAAAAACCACUCUGGGUCGUAUAGGUCUAUGGCUGAGAUUUAUCGUAAACAAGGGGAGAUUACUAUGGCAGUGAUAAAUUACACACAGGCAGUGAAACUGAACCCACUGGACCAUGAAGCCUAUUACCAGAGGGCACUCAUGUAUGAAAAGAGAGGAGAUAUGCUGUUGGCUCUUGAGGAUUUGUCAAAGGCCAAGAAGAUUAUGCCAACAAGAACAGAUGCCAUCCUCAAACAUGGCCUCUACUAUUUUGAGAUUGGAAAUUGGACCAAUGCUAUACAGGACUUUACAGACUUACUGAAAGUGGACCCCCUUGAUGCCUCAGCGAGAACAUAUCGGGGCCGAGCUUACGCCAAAAUGCAGCAGUGGACACCAGCUGUGCAGGAUUUAUCAGCAGCUAUCCACCUUGAUCCUCUCAGCUGGCAGGCAUUUUUCCAUCGUGCCUGUAUCCUCAGAAAAGCUCAUCCUAAGCGAGCUCUCCAUGACUACAGUGUCUCUCUCCUCAUCAAUGAUACGGAUGAGAAUGUCAUGUCCUACCUUCACCGAGGGAUCCUGUACGAUGCCAUGGGCAAACAUGAGGAUGCUAUCCCAGACUUUGAGAGUGUUCUUAAACUGAACAAGGAUAUUGCCUGUGCCCAUGUGAACCUCGGGCUGAUCUUCAUGAAUCACUAUGACAACUACCACAGGGCGAUUAAGAAGUUUUCCUCAGGUAUCAAGGUUGACCCUACCUAUGUGAGAGCCUAUGUUUGUCGAGGAGAAGCUUAUCAUAAGAUACACGAGUUGAAGCUGGCCCUAAGAGACUUCACAAGAGCUAUCCAUCUACGGCCAGAUGUACACCACUACUACAUGUACCGAGGACAACUUGUGCUGGAGAUGGGCAACUUGGACCUGGCAGCAUUCUGUGUACGACAUGCUUCUGAUAUUGGAACACAAGACUCGGCCUUGGGGCAGAUGCCAACUCAACAAGCUGUGGUGCAAACAUUCCUGAAAAAUUAUGGCAAGGCUAUCGAAGCUCUCAAUAUAGCAACCCGCUCCAAACCUGUAGGAUCCAUGUUCAUGCUGUUAGGAAAAACGCAGAUGAAGGCCAAACUUUACAAGGACGCCAUCACUAGCUUUGAGCGUGCUCUGAGUAUAUAUAACGUCGAUUUAAAGAAACCAUGGAAACCACGAGAGCCGUGGCCUGCGGAGGCUGGAGAGGCCCAUUUCCUCAUUGGUAUGUGUCACAUGGAACUCAAGCGAUAUGUUGACUCCUUGGAAGCCUUCUCGAACGCCAUCAAACUUGACUCCAGUUAUGCUGAGGCUCUUUACCAGAGGGGCGUGGCCAGAACCAAACUGGGAAUGUCUAAAGGUAUCCAAGACUUCAAUAAGGCCCUCGCCAUCAACCCAAAGAUUUUCCAGGCGUAUCUAAGUCGAGCCUGUUACUAUGGCCACAGGAAGAACUACACUAAGGCCAUCUUGAAUUGUAAUGAAGCAAUCAAACUACAGCCACAGAGUGUACGAGCAUUCCUGUACAGAGGGGCCCUGAAGUACCACAUCAAAGCCUUUGACCUUGCCAUCCAGGACUUGACCAAAGCCACUAGUAUAGAUAGUACUUGUGCCCUUGGUUACUUCAACCGUGCUGUCUGUUUCCAGGAGAAGAAGGAUUACCAGCGGGCCCUGACAGAUUACGGCAUUGUCCUGCUGCUUGGAGAUGAUCUCAGAAUUCAGGUUUUAAUCAAUAGAGGUUUGUUGUACUUUGAGAGAAUGGAUUACACAAAUGCUCUGUAUGAUUUCAAAAUGGCUGCCAAACUGAAGCCGACAGACCAGAGAAUCCUCCAUACCCUUGGUCUGUGUUAUCACAAGAUGAACCAACUGAAGGGAGCUCUGGCUGUGUUUACAUCCUGUAUAGAGAAAAAUCCUGCCUUCCUGGACGGAAUCAUUGCCCGUGGCAACGUGUACAUGGACUGUGGUUCAGAUGGUCUGCGCUACGCCAGACGAGACUAUGAGCGUGCCCUGUUGAGAGAUCCUCUAUGUCUACCAGCCAGAGUGAACCUUGCCUACACACUUCAAGUGUCUGCCAAGUUCAUGCAGGCCUGGACACAAUUCACAACUGCUAUAGCCAUCCGUCCAACCUUUAAACCAGCCCUAGAAGGUCGAGCCAUCAUCAACCUACAGAUGAGUAACACGUUCGCUGCCUUCCAGGACAUCAAUGCCUCCAUUAAAGUGGGACCUACUGCUGAAUUGUAUACAAACCGCGGUGUUGUUAAUCAGUUUAUGAAGGAUCAUGUAAAUGCUAUGAGGGAUUACCAGGCAGCGAUACAGAUGGAUCCUACAUAUGCUCUCGCUUACUUUAACGCAGCAAAUGUCUACUUCCAUACUCGACACUUCAGACAGGCUCAUGACUACUACUCCAAGGCCAUACUGAACAAUCCCAAAGACGAAUCAGCUUUCCUUAACCGUGCUAUCACUAAGGUGAUGUUACGAAAUGCGGAGGGAGCCCUGUCUGACUUUGGUGAAGCCUUGAAACUGAGUCCCCACACAGCACAUAUGUACUUUAAUCGUGGUAACUUGUAUUCUUCUAUGGGCCAGUACGAUAAGGCUGAGGCAGACUACAGCAAAUCCCUCAGUCUCAAACCAGAUGAUGCUCUAGUGCUGAAGAGACGAGCAGAUGUGCUGGGUAAGCUUGGAAGGAAAGAGGAGGCCAUCGAGGAUUACAGACUUGCUGUGGAAAUACAGAGCAGACGGAAAUCCUAGUCAGAGUGAAUCGGGCACAUCAAAUACAGAGGAUACCAUGUCAUUCAGAAGGCCUAUUCAGAAUUGGUCAGACGAUACACAUUUAGUAAACUCACUUUGUUGGAAAUCCUAGUUGGAGUGAAUCAGUAAUACAGAUGUUGGAGAAAAAAGUUUUGUAAAAAUUCUAGAAAAUCUCUAAUGGGAUUCAACAGAGAGAGAAAUACAGAAUCUUAAAUGAAAAGCAUUGGACAAAACUGAGAUUCAGAUUUAUAGGAAGUUCUACAGGGAUUGCUGUGAUGUAAGGAAAUUGAUCAAUCCAGAUUGUAGAAGUAUAUCCCAUGUUUUUUGUCUUCCUUCCAUGAGACGAAAGACUGCAAGACUACAGCAGAGAUAUCAGAAGAUUUUGUGAUACUAUAAUCACCAAAGCAACAUGUCUAACUCUUAACUUCAAAGUGAAGAACAAUUAGCAUACAUCUUUAGCACAUAUAUUUAUCUGCAGUGGUUUUGAUGUAAGCUUAUUGUAUGUGUGUUAGUGCUGUCAGGGUUUGGGUAUAUCGCGAUUUUCUCCUGUAAGUCCAGUAUUAUGUACGCUUCAGUCAUACAAACAAUGCCAAAUGGUUCCUCCAUGUGAUAGUUUUGUGGUCUAGUCCUUGUUUCUGCAUAAUGACACUGUUGGAAUGAACAGUACAAAAGAUGUGGCUUCAUAACUUCCGGCUGUGCGAUAUAUUUUAUCAACUGUGAUACUACGAAGGCGUUUCAUUACUGAUAAAAACGUCACCAACAAUGAAGUUAAACACAGCAUUCAUUCCAUUGGUUUUGUGUUUGAUGUACAUACACUUGUACAUAUAAUAUUGAAUCCUUAAAACUGAACUGUGAUAUCAGCAAUUUUUAUGUGCUAGGUGUAUUUAAAAAUAUAUAUAUUCAUUGUAACCUGUCUCAAACCAAACCUGUGUAAUCUGGAUAUCUGUAUAAACUAGACAUUCUGUGUUAGGGUUAGGGUAAU